AUGGCCGGAAGCGGACUAGCGCUGGUGUUCUGCCCAGCUUACCCGCCUUGGCCUGGCUCGAAAUUCUACGGCGCCGAGACGGCAAACAACCUCGCGAGCCGCAGGAAAAUCAUCAAUGCAAUGCUCAGCACCAGCAAUAUGAGCCUCCCUCUGCGUACCAGGCGGGUGGCUACCUCUGUCACCCCCUUCACCUCCUCGAUCCCCCAAUACCGCACAGCAUUUUGGAGCUCAAAAGGCCGCGAUGAGACCCCCUCGAAACCCGCUCCCCGCGACCAGCUCCACGAAGAGUUCGUAAAAACCAAAUCCUCCACCCCAGUGGCCCCGAAGCGCGGCGGCCUCGCCUCCUCCUCCAUCUUCGAAGACGAAGCCGUCGCCGGCCGCGUCUCCACCGACACUGGCCCUGUCGGAAUCACGCGCAAUCCGCGCAAUAUGGCCGCAGCACUCGAUCCCGACCCAAGCAGCCGCGAGCGCUGGCAGCGCAAGAUGGUUAUUCGCGAGAUCACGGCGCGCGGGCGGCUGAGCAAGGCCGAGACGCUGAAGCGCUCGGAGCGCGUCAGCCACAGCAAGAGCCACAAUUACCAGACGAGCGUCAAGAAGUUGGGGCCGUUGGCGAGGCAGAUUACCGGGAAGCCGCUGGAGGAGGCGAUUGUGCAGAUGCGCUUCUCGAAGAAGAAGGCUGCGCAGGGGGUUAGGGAGCACUUGGUGCAUGCGCGCAAUGAGGCGAUUGUGAGGAGAGGGAUGGGGCUGGGGAAGGAAGAGGGCUUCAAGGCUGUGCAGAUCAUGACGAAGGAUGGGAAGAGGAUGAAGAUUGAGGAUCCGUCGCGGUUGUACAUCGAGCAGGCUUGGGUUGGGAAGGGUGAUUACGGAAGAACUCCUGAUUACAGGGCACGUGGGCAGAUCAACAUUAUGAAGAACCCUACAACGCAUAUCCACGUCGUCCUCAAGGAGGAAAAGACACGUAUCCGCGAGAACCAUGAGUGUGAGGCCAAGAUCGCUGCACGAAAGACGUGGGUUCAACUCCCGAAUCGCAAGAUUACGUCUCAGAGGCAGUUCUACAGCUGGUAGAAGGGUCGUCGGGUGCGAAUGGAACUUGUAGACUGUAGAAUAGGCAUAUUUACUGUACAAUACUAAACUAGACUAAACUAGAUUUUUCAAAGAU